AUGUCAUUAUUCUUUUUAAUUGUAUUUUUAUUCACCUCAAUUAAUCAACUACUAAUUAGAGCCCAGCAACAAAAUUUAGCUGUCCAUGAAUUACCCCUUCCAACUCCCAUAAUUUUGGAAGAUGUUAAUUUAACUUCAACAUCUUUCCCAAACUCUCUAAAUUCAACCUCAAGUCUAGGCACAACCGCCCCAUUAACCUCUCAAUUAGCCAAACCUCCUUCUGAUGCCGAGAGAAUAAAUAGAGAAACUGGAACAACAAUGGCAGGAAUUCAUCAACAAUUAGAUAAUCAAAGUAAUAGUGAAAAGACAAAAAUAGAUUCAGAAAAGAAUUUAACGUCUGGAAAUGUUGCUAGACGCUCGCCAGAUUCAUCUACAAAUUAUGAAAAUAAACAUAGACACAGUUUGAAACCGGAAACUAAAGGUAGAUAA